AAGCCUUUUAUCUUAGUAGUUCCAAAACUUUCACUGCCCCUUCCCUACCCGCCCCCAUCCCCAAAAUAAGCCAUUGCACACAGACAGACAGCAUGGCGAGCAAACGAAAAUCCACAACCCCAUGCAUGGUUCGGACAUCACAAGUAGUAGAACAAGAUGUGCCCGAGGAAGGAGACAGGGCCAAAGAGAAAGGAAUCGGCACGCCACAGCCGGAAGUGACCAAGGACACUUGGGCGGCAGAACCUGAAAACUCUUCCAAAGAAAAUGAAGUGAUAGAGGUGAAAUCUACAGGGGAAAAUCAAUCCAAAAAACUCCAGGGUGGUUACGAAUGCAAAUACUGCCCCUACUCCACGCAAAACCUGAACGAGUUCACGGAGCACGUCGACACGCAGCACCCCAACGUGAUUCUCAACCCGCUCUACGUGUGUGCCGAGUGUAACUUCACAACCAAAAAGUACGACUCCUUGUCCGACCACAACUCCAAGUUCCACCCCGGGGAGGCCGACUUCAAGCUGAAGCUCAUCAAGCGCAAUAAUCAGACCGUCUUGGAACAGUCGAUCGAGGCCGCCAGCCACGCCACGCCCAUCACCGCCCGCGCCACGCCCAUCACCGCCCGCGCCACGCCCAUCACCACCCGCGGCCCCGGAAACGGGGACGAUGACCCCGGGAUCUCGGCGAGUAAAACCCCCAUCGUGAAGCCAGGGAAACCGAAAGCCGAUGCCAAGAAGGUGCCCAAGAAGCCCGAGGAGGCCGCCCCCGAGAACCACGUGGAAGGGACCACCCGCCUGGUGACAGACGCGGCUGAGAUCCUCUCAAGACUCGGGGGCGUGGAGCUCCUCCAGGACACGUUAGGACACGUUAUGCCUUCUGUCCAGCUCCCGCCAAAUAUCAACCUCGUCCCCAAGGUCCCCGUGCCGCUGAACACUACCAAAUACAACUCUGCCCUGGACACCAACGCCACCAUGAUCAACUCCUUCAACAAGUUCCCUUACCCAACGCAGGCUGAGCUGUCCUGGCUCACAGCUGCUUCCAAACACCCAGAAGAGCACAUCAGAAUCUGGUUUGCCACCCAGCGCUUAAAGCAUGGCAUCAGCUGGUCCCCGGAGGAGGUGGAAGAGGCCCGGAAGAAGAUGUUUAAUGGCACCAUCCAGUCAGUGCCCCCAACGAUCACUGUGCUGCCCGCCCAGUUGGCCCCCACAAAGAUGUCACAGCCCAUACUCCAGACAGCGCUUCCGUGCCAGAUCCUCGGCCAGACCAGCCUCGUGCUGACUCAGGUGACCAGCGGGCCGACGACCGUCUCUUGCUCCCCCAUCACACUCGCCGUGGCCGGAGUGACCAACCACGGCCAGAAGAGACCUCUAGUGACUCCCCAAGCUGCCCCCGAGCCCAAGCGCCCACACAUCGCUCAAGUGCCAGAGCCUCCGCCCAAGGUGGCCAACCCUUCGCUGACCCCGGCCAGCGACCGCAAGAAGACAAAGGAGCAGAUCGCACACCUCAAGGCGAGCUUCCUCCAGAGCCAGUUCCCCGACGAUGCUGAGGUCUACCGGCUCAUCGAGGUGACCGGCCUCGCCAGGAGUGAGAUCAAGAAGUGGUUCAGCGACCACCGGUAUCGGUGUCAAAGGGGCAUCGUCCACAUCACCAGCGAAUCCCUUGCCAAAGACCAGCUGGCCAUCGCGGCUUCCCGACACGGCCGCACUCACCACGCGUACCCAGACUUUGCCCCACAGAAGUUCAAAGAGAAAAGCCAAGGUCAGGUGAAAAUCCUGGAAGACAGCUUUCUGAAAAGCUCUUUCCCGACCCAAGCAGAACUGGACAGACUGAGAGUGGAGACCAAGCUGAGCAGGAGAGAGAUCGACUCCUGGUUCUUGGAGAGGCGGAAGCUUCGGGACAGCAUGGAACAGGCCGUCUUGGAUUCCAUGGGGUCCAGCAAGAAAGGCCCAGACUCGGUGGCCCCCAAUGGUGCUCUGUCUCGACUCGACCAGUUCUCCAGCGCCCAGGUGCCCGGUUCUUUGCCCAGCCCUUCACCAGCAAUUACAAAAAAUCAAGAACAGGUUCAUCUCCUGAGGAGCACGUUCGCAAGAACCCAGUGGCCAACCCCCCAGGAGUAUGACCAGCUGGCGGCAAAGACCGGCCUGGUCCGAACUGAAAUCGUGCGUUGGUUCAAGGAGAACAGAUGCUUGCUAAAAACUGGAACCUUAAAGUGGCUGGAGCGGUACCAGCAGCGGCACGUGGCGGAUGAUCACGGCUACGACACCCCGCCAAGGAGGGCGGCAAGAGCUCUCAUCGCCGAGAGCUCGAAGAACGGGAGCGAGGGUGGUCCGCAGUAUCACAAGGAUCCCAGAAAGCUCUGCAAAGAGGACUUGGAGAAGCUGGGCCCCAGGAUGAAAGCAGGCGGCGAGCAAGCAAGAGACGGUUUGCCGGCAAAGCCCUCGGAGGCCACCUCGGACAGAUCAGAGGGCAACAGUCGGGACGGCCAGGGCAGCGACGAGAAUGAGGAAUCGGGCAUCGUGGAUUGGGUGGAGGUGACGGUCGGAGAGGAGGACGCCGUCUCAGACAGGUCGGAUAGCUGGAGUCAGACGGCGGCAGAAGGUGCGGCGGAACUGGCCGACUCAGACUCCGACAGCGUCCCUGCUGAGGCCAGCCAGGCCUAG